AUGGAAGGCGCACCGGACAUCAACACUGUCCUCACAAACUCGUUGAGUGCUGACGCGACUCUGCGAAAUGCGGCCGAGCAACAGCUUAACCACGCCGCCGAGAAUAACUUUUCGCAAUACCUCCUCACACUCGUCCAAGCCCUUGCGAAUGACUCCACCGAAGGGCAUAUUCGAGCCGCCGCCGGUAUUGCCUUGAAGAACGCCUUUACCGCUCGCGAAUUCGCCAGGCAGGCCGAACUGCAAGCAAAAUGGCUCAACCAAACCGAUCAAGACUCCAAGACACGCAUCAAGCAGUUGGCCCUAGAGACACUGUCGUCUACAAACGCCCAGGCUGGUCAGGCGACGGCCCAAGUCAUCGCUGCGGUUGCCGCUAUCGAGCUUCCCCGAAACCAGUGGCCCGAUCUCAUGCAUGUGCUUGUGCGCAACGUCAGUGAAGGAACGCAGCACCAGAAGCAGUCUUCGUUGACAACCAUUGGCUUCAUCUGCGAGAGCCAGGAUACUGAGCUCCGAGCCAGCCUAGUGGCGCACUCCAACGCCAUCUUGACCGCUGUUGUGCAAGGUGCGCGGAAGGAAGAACCUAAUGGCGAGGUUCGUCUCGCUGCAAUCACUGCCCUUGGUGAUUCUCUCGAGUUUGUUGGGAACAACUUCAAGCACGAGGGGGAGCGCAACUACAUCAUGCAGGUCGUCUGUGAGGCUACACAAGCCGAGGAUUCGCGGAUACAGCAAGGCGCUUUUGGCUGCCUCAACCGCAUCAUGGCCCUUUACUACGAGAACAUGAGGUUUUACAUGGAGAAGGCUCUCUUUGGUCUUACUAUCCUAGGCAUGAAGAGCGACGACGAAGAUGUUGCCAAGCUCGCGGUUGAAUUCUGGAGCACUGUCUGCGAAGAGGAGAUCAACAUCGAGGAUGACAAUGCGCAAGUCGAGAGCUCCGACCAGAUGCGGCCCUUCUACAACUUCAGCCGUGUCGCGACCAACGAGGUCGUGCCAGUCUUACUCGGCCUUUUGACCAAGCAGGAUGAAGAUGCUGGCGACGACGAAUACAACAUCUCGCGUGCCGCUUACCAGUCACUACAGCUGUAUGCUCAAGCGGUUGGGGCAGCUGUCAUCCAGCCGGUCAUUCAGUUCGUCGAGGCCAACCUGCGCCAUGAGGAUUGGCAUCAUCGCGACGCCGCAGUUUCCGCUUUCGGCGCCAUUAUGGAUGGCCCAGAGGAGAAGCUGUUGGAUCCGAUCGUGAAGUCUGGAAUCCAACCACUCAUUAGUAUGAUGGAGGAUCCAUCCGUUCACGUACGAGAUUCGACAGCCUAUGCACUUGGUCGGAUCACCGAGUCUUGUUCCGAGGCAAUUGAUCCUGAGCAACACCUGGACCCUCUGGUUCGGUCGCUGUUCAAUGGCCUGAUCAACAACCCCAAGAUGGCAGCAUCGUGCUGCUGGGCACUGAUGAACGUUGCCGAGCGUUUCGCUGGCGAAUAUGGCGCUGCGCAGAACCCGCUUACGCCGCAUUUCAACCAGAGUGUCACCAACCUGUUGACGGUCACCGGAAGGAUGGACGCCGAACCCUCUGUCAGGACGGCGGCGUAUGAAGUCCUGAACGUGUUCGUGCAAAGUGCCGCUAAUGAUAGCUUGAGCGCCGUCGCGUCGCUCUGCACAGUGGCCAUCCAACGCCUGGAAGAGACGCUUCCCCUGCAGCAGCAGGUCGUGAGCGUUGAGGACAGGAUCAUUCUCGAGGACAUGCAAACGAGCCUCUGCACCGUUUUGCAGGCCGUUGCCCAACGCGUGGAUAAGGAGAUUGCCCCCCAGGGCGACAGAAUCAUGCAGAUUCUUCUGCAGAUCCUGAGCACCGUGAACGGCAAGUCGAGCGUGCCGGAAUCAGUCUUUGGUACCAUCAGCAGUCUCGCCAACGCGAUGGAAGAAGACUUUGCCAAAUACAUGGACGCCUUCUCCCCAUUCCUUUACAACGCCCUCGCCAACCAGGAAGAGCCGAGUCUUUGCUCCAUGGCUAUUGGCCUUGUCAGCGACAUCACCCGUUCCUUGGGCGAGCGGAGCCAGCCGUACUGCGACAACUUUAUGAACUACUUGCUGAGCAACCUUAGGAGCGCUGCGCUUGCGAACCAGUUCAAGCCCGCGAUCCUCCAGUGCUUUGGCGAUAUUGCGAGCGCCAUUACUGGCCACUUCGAGACGUACCUUGCUAUUGUCGCCCAGGUGUUGCAACAAGCCGCCACGAUCACUACCGGCGCCGACGGCUCCUACGAGAUGUUUGACUACGUCAUUGCUCUUCGUGAGGGCAUUAUGGAUGCGUGGGGUGGAAUCAUCGGUGCGAUGAAGGCGAGCGGCAAAACAAAUGUCCUGGAGCCUUUUGUGUCCUCUAUCUUUGAGCUCCUCAACACUAUUGCCAGCGAUGCUAACCGCAGCGAGGCUUUGAUGCGUUCUGCGAUGGGCGUGAUUGGUGAUCUCGCGGACGCUUACCCCAACGGCCAGCUGGCUGAUGCUUUCCGCCAAGAAUGGGUCACGGCGAUGAUCAAGGAGACGCGCGCAAACCGGGAGUUCCAGUCCCGUACCCUAGAGACGGCUCGCUGGGCACGCGAACAAGUCAAGAGGCAAAUCGGUGGCACACAGACGGUCAUGCAGCAAACGUGA